AUGAUGGUGAAGAAAAUGUUGCUAGAAGUUCAAAAGAAAAGACUCAUUAAUCGUAAUAAGAAGAAACUGCUAAAGAAAGUCAUAGACUUUCUCAUUUCUGACUCUUACAUGUUUGCUCCUCUAAUUUCUCAUCCACAUCACGGCUUUGGCUCACCCAUGAAGACAAAAGCUUCUAUUACAGGAGUGGAGGGAAGGAAACCCAUUAAAGGAAACAACAAGAGGUUGCUGAAGAAGGUUGGGGACUAUCUGAAGUCUGACUCUUACAUGUAUGCUCCCCUGCUUGCUUCACCUCCAUCAGCCAGUACUAGUAGCCCUCCUAAAGGGGCAAUGGAGUUAAGCACACAAACCUAA